AUGGCAUUUCACAAUGCUCUUUCAAUUCAUGCACUAUUUAUAGCUCACCUUGGCAUUAAUAUUGCCUACCUCGUGCAUCCAACGACCAUGCAAAUGGCAUCGUCUCUUACUUCUGCCAGCUCCUUCGUCGUCGUCGUCGUCUUCCUCCUCCUCUUGUUCUUCACGUCGCUCUGCACUGCCCAAUCCGGCACCAACGGCUACUUGCACCUGCGCUUCUACAACCACGAGCGAGUUCUCGGCUCCGGGCCCAACGCCACGGUCGUCUAUGCAGUCGAGCGGCGCGGCUCCACAUCUGGGGCUGGGUUCGGCAACCUCAUCGUCUACGACAAUCUCCUUCGCCAAGGGGUCGAGCCCGACUCGCCCAUCGUCGGGAGAAACCAAGGUAUGGGAGUGGGAUCGAGUGUGGCCGAGAACUCCGGCCUCACCAUCCUGCAGCUGGUGUUCACUGCUGGCGAGUACAACGGCAGCUCCAUCGCCGUGCAGGGGCCGUUCCCUGUGGCUCCGCUGCAGACGCUGUUCGAGCGAGCGAUCACCGGAGGCACGGGGUGGUUCCGCAAUGCCAGAGGCUAUCUUUGGACGAGAGAAGUUCGUAGCACCAACACGACACUCACAGGGAGACUCGAUGCUUAUAUCACAUUUCUUUGA